CUGAGCUUUAUGGGCCAAGCUCAUUGGGGGAAGCUGAGAUGGACGAGUUCGUUGGUGCUGCUGGGGGCUUGCGCAUCCCCAAGAAGCCAAGGAAGAAGUCAAAGACUUCAACUACGGCUGAGAAGGGGGUGACAGAGGGGGGGCGACUGUCCAGCAUCUCUGCCCAGGCUAUGGAGGUUCAGCCAAGGCCGGAGCCUACGAUGGGGGGUAGUAAGGAUGUGAGUGAGGAGAUGGCACCUCUCCAGAGGAAGAAGAGGAGGGUGGCAGAGUUAGGAACUAGGGGGGAUGAAGUGGUGGAGUUCGUGCCCCUGCCUUCUCCCCCAGAAAUCAAUCCGGAAGAGAGGGAGAGGGGCGAGGUCGAAGUGCGAGGCCUUGGUGGGGGCAGGGAGCGCACCCCUCCGCACGUAUACCAGAAGAGUUUGUUUGAGGCAACAAACAAGACUGGGGCGAAACACUUCCUCAACGCUACUCUUCCGGAGGUGGACAGAGUUCAGGCGAAGAACGAGGUGGUUAGCCAUGCGGGGUAUACCGUUGUGAGGCAUGCCCUAGAGAGUGCGAGCUGGACAAACGCUCUAGCGCAGGAGUAUGCGGAGAGCAAGGAGAGGGUGGAAUGGGAGAAGCAGAAGAGGGAGAUGCAGAGGAGGCUGGAUGAAGUUCUCCCUUCAGUGACCAAGCUCCAGAACGAGAAUGAUGUCCUGAGCAUGAAGCUCGGUCUUGAAGAACGUAAGAGGAAGAUCUGCGAGGAGAAACUCGAGGCUCAGGACAAAUAUAUGGACAAGAUGAGGAAAGCAGCCUUGGAGCUGAAGAAGAACGUGGACCUGCUGGUGCACAACGGGAUGGAGGAGCACAUUGGCAACUUCCUCAACUCCAACACCUUCGAGGACAUCCUCAAACUCUACCGACUACCAACCGCAAUCGUGGCCUUCACCGACUCUGAUUUGGUGGCGGUGGGGGGAGAAGAAGAAGAAGAAGAAGAAGAAGAAGAAGAAGAGCAAGGCACUGGAGUUGGGGAUCAGGCAGCAGUGGCCGAAGUGCAGCCUCCUGAGGUGCAUCCAGUCUCCUCUGACGAGGUGUAGCAGCUGGCUCCUCCUGAAGUAGAAGUGCCACCUCAGCCUGCUGAAGACGGAACCAGGUCU